AUGUCUUAUGUGUCAUGCAAGCAGAAAAACCCUGCCAAAAGCAAGAUAACGCAUCCCAACAUUGCUGAUUUGUAUUUCUACGAUGAGUUGAAACGCACAGGCGUCAUUAAGGAUGUGGUUCGAAGUCUAAGGAAAUCGAAACUAAUGAGGAUCAAGCCUGUCGUACAAUCACAUCCGCCUCCAUCGAAUCCUCGAAUCCAGAAACGACAUUCGGUUGCCAUCAUGGCCAGCAACGAAAUGGAUCCUUCAAAGAGCGCUGAAAGGAGCAAGAUGCUGAAGAGGAGAAGCUGUGUCUACUGCCCAGUGGGCUCAUCAAACAGGAGGUCAUCCUUACAGUCGUACAUCAAUCCUUUGAAGAAACCAACGGGUGUGACGUACAUCCCACCCAGGCCUUCUCCAUCCAACAUACAGCGUGUUUCUCAGCAGAGAAGUUGGCGCGUCUCGAGCCCGCGCACGUUGAUUGCAAACUGUUCAUUUUCACCGCUCAUGUUUACGGAUGCAGCCUACCUGUUGCUGGAUAUGAAGUGA